CGACAUUUGCUACGAUAACGCCAAUAUAAAAUAUAAACAAUGGACACUGAGUUAAAUGGCUCCGAACUGGGGACCAAAGAUUAUUGGGAAAAGAGCUAUACCAGAGAAAUAAAAAACUACAAAAGCCAUGGCGAUGUGGGUGAGAUUUGGUUUGACGAGGACUCGCAAAUACGGAUUGUCGAUUGGCUGAUGGAACAAGACCAAGUUGAGCAAAGUGCACGUGUUUUGGAUCUCGGAUGUGGCAAUGGAAUGUUUUUGGUGGCAUUGGCCAAUGAAGGAUAUAAGCAGCUGACUGGCGUCGACUACUCACCCAAGGCAAUUGAGCUGGCCAAGAAUAUUGCCGAGAAUCUUAAGCUGGACAUAAACUACAGCGUUGCUGAUUUGACCCAAUCGCUGGACUCGCAGGAGCAGCUGGAUCUGGGCAGUUUUCAGGUGGUGCACGAUAAGGGCACUUACGAUGCCAUUAGUUUGUGUCCCGAUAAUCCCAAAGAGAAGCGAUCGCAAUAUCUUGCAACCGUAGAGAAAUUACUUACCGACAAGGAUAGUUUGUUUAUCAUCACCUCAUGCAAUUGGACCGAGGAGGAGCUGGAGGUUAGUUUUGGCGAGAAAUUCGUUAAAUAUCAUACAAUACCAACGCCCACAUUUAAAUUUGGUGGAAAAGUGGGUAGUGUUGUUACCUCUGUAGUAUUUAAGAAAAAUAACUAAAUAUACUUACAUUUUAUAUGUGGUUUCGAAA